CUCCUACUCCUAGCAUAGUGUGCAUGUCCUCAUUGUUUGAGCUCCCGGCAGUUGCAUUGCGGUAGCUCGAUUCCUCUUCACGUGCAAGAGGACGGAGCAACGGGAAACUGGAUAGACAAGGAAAAGGCCAUACACACAAGUUUCAGUCUUCUGCUUGAGGCAUCGUCUUGGCAUACGCUCGCAGGUCACCAGGAUUCUGGAAUGGAUCUGUCCGCGACUUGAAGAAAUAAUUAUUGCCAAUAUUGGGCGUAUUCCUUCAUUCAAAGCAGGGUCUUGUGUUGAAGGAAGGAAUUGACAUGGUGACAGGCAAACACAUGCAGGCAGGCUUGUAACCGGUUCCCGCUACUAACGCGCUAGUUAUGUCCCAAAGGUCAACCGUAACGAUGGAUGAAAGUGCGCGCUUUACUGGUCUGCUGCACUCUCUCAGCAUGGCGGCCGAGGCAAUGCCACCUGGCUCUGACAGAUUGUUUCAGGAGACAGCACUACUAAGAGAAUUCUGCCAUCUAUACAGCAAUGUGAAGGACUUCAACUCGCAUCAGUUCCAGCAGCAGUUCCCGGAAGUUCUCCGCAUGCUUACCAUCAACCGCUUGCUAAAGGCGGAAUGGGUCACCGGCGUGGAUCAUGAAUAUCUGGUACCAUACCUACAGGUGCUGCGCAUCUUGCUGCGAGACAAGUCGCUAAAGAAAGUCUUCACUAAUGCAUCUGGUGUUGCCGCGCUGUGCAUGAUCAUGAACGAGCUAACACAGAUCUACAUGGAAGGACGGGAAGGUGCACCGACAGCCCUGGCAAUAUUCGAAGCUGGCAGUGGCUUUAUGAAGCUUGUCAGCGAGCCAGCUGCUUACAAGGUUCUGACCCAGAACAAGUACCCACAGAUCAUCUCUCGUCUCCUGCGGGUGGAUGAGGAACGAAUGCAGCGUGUUGGCCUGAAGUGUAUAUGUGCUUUUCUGACCAUGAAACGUGCUAUCCUUCAUUUCAUCGGGCUAGACUGUGUGGUGGACCUGCUGAACAUUCUGGAGCGCUGUCCCAAUCAAGAAUCCAAGCGACUUGCGGCCCAGGUUGUGUUACACUUUGCUGGAAAUGACGGCGGUCGUCAAGAUCUUCUUGAAAGUGAUGCCCUGUCCAUCAUUGCGCCGGAGCUGGACUGCAAAGAUGCCAAAACCUUGCAGUGCUUGGUCUACACCAUUCACAAGCUGGCAAGUUGUGACAAAGCUGUUCUGGACGAGUUCCGUAUGAUUGGCGGCAUCCAGACUCUUGUGGACUGUCUCAGAGUGCUUAACGGUGGUGAGCCCCGCUGUACUGGCAGCAGGGAUGAAUCACCUACAGGAGCGAGUGCACCCAUGACAGCCUCUCCAACUGAUAACCCAUAUCCUCCUGCAGCCAGUGUCCCCGGCUAUGGUGCAAGCCGUCCAAACUCAGCAGAAACUGAGAAACCCAAAGCAAUUCCGUUCAAGUGCACAUUCUGUGCGGAGGAGAUCGUGGAUUGCCAACGCUACAUCUGUUCCCUCUGCAUUGUGCUGACACGCGAUGACCAUAACUCUCGUGUACUCAUUGAUGAAGGUGCUGUGUUCCGUUUAGCACAGCUGGUAAUACCACCUGGUGAUGCAUCGCCUGAUCUGCAGCGGAACUUUGAGGAUCGGCAGUAUGUGUCACUCGCGGUCUUGAGGCUGCUGUACUCGGUGGACUAUCACAGGAAGAGUUUUAUGAGGUUGUUUGGCAAUGUUCUAUUCGAGUGGUUUGUGGAUGUUGGGAAUUUCAAGCGCGAGUCCAAAUACUACAAGCCUCUGCUGGAGAAUCUCCGGAAACUGCCAGUGGCAGAAUUGGCUGCAUUGAGACAGCAGAUGGCAGCUGAGGGCGACGUCAAGGAGCGCCACAUUGCCGAGUAUAAGGUCCUGGACGAGUUAGGAGCGGGUUCAUUCGGAACGGUCAUGCGCGUCCAGGACACAAACACUGGGAAAUUUUAUGCUUUAAAGGAGCUUCACUUUUCCCGUAACGUGGGUAAGUUUGGCAGCUCAGAUGAGGAGAAACGCAAGGUGGUGAAGGAGUACAUUGCCGAAGUCGGUGUUGUCAGUGCUGAGCUCUCCCACAAGAAUGUGGUCCGCUACUAUAAAGCCUUUCAGAAAGGCGAACACCUUUUCGUCGUAAUGAAGCUGAUUGACGGCCCCACUCUAGGAAAGGCCAUUGGUCAGAUGAAGGAGAAGUGUGAGAAGUUUGGUGACGAUCGGAUAACGAACAUCACACUUCAACUCGUAUCUGCACUUUACUAUGUGCACAAGACGAAACGGAUGAUUCAUCGCGAUAUCAAACCAGCCAAUGUCAUGCUUGGGCAGAAUGAUCACAUCACACUCACUGACUUUGGACUGGCCCAGUGCAAGCCAAGCGACUCCAGCAUACUGUCAACGGCAGUGGGAACACUUAUGUAUCAAAGUCCGGAAGUCAUGAAGAGCGAGCGGUACACAGAUAAGACGGACAUCUGGGCGGUCGGCUGCCUGAUCUAUCAGAUGGUGACUCUGGAGCCUCCAUUUCAUCACGAAAACAACUUUGUCCUGAUGCAGAAGAUUGAAGCUGCUGACUAUAAGUCAAUACCCAAAAGUGCUUGUUCACCAGCCAUAACUGAUCUUGUGAAGAGGUGUCUCCAGACUGACCAAGACUUGCGUAUAGAUGUUGUUGAGCUUGGAAGUUUGAUAAUGGACCCGUUCUUGCAGUGGCACAAUGAAACGACUGCACAGAUUGACAAGCUGGAGAAACGCCUGGAGAGAGAAACAGAGCUAAGGCACUCUCUUACACAAAGCAAGGCUGAACAGGCUGUCCAGCUUAAGUGGUGGUCGUCGGAGUUCAAGCAGCUGCACUCCCUGAAGGAGUUCUAUCAGAAGAAGUCUGAAAGCCUUGAGGAGGUGGUGGCCAGCGUGCCGCACGCCCUGCGGACACAGAUUUCAAAUCGCACUCCCACCCCUCCCAUCAGUGAUAUGGAGUUUGGACCGUCGCCCGUGAGCCAUUCUCGCACGCCGUCAGGUGGCUCCAUUGACAGCGUCUUCUCACCAGUCAAGGCUCUAGUUGCUGGGCGUGCAACUACACCACUUUACGGACUAUCCUCCUCGCAUGUUGAAGCACCGCGUGGUCCAUCUCUUCACCGGCGUCCGUCGGGAAUAACAACACGAAGUCCAUCCGUUGCGUCGGCCGCAAGUUUGUCUAACGGCCACUACCAGUCUCCAGUAUCGGAUCAUCACAGGCCAAAGUCUGGUGGCCUGAAUCAUUCCGCGAGUGUUGUCUACAUUCCACGUGAGCGGCCAUUGCAGGGAGCAGAUCAUGGCUUGGACGUGCUAGAAGUGUUUCAGAGGAUGGGAAGAAUCCGUGAACUGCCUCCAUCGCCAGGUCUGAAUGUACCGCGACGUGUAGUGCAUCGUUGCCACCAGGCUUUGCUGCAGCCAAUGCCGGCGGUUAUGCUACGCGAGGAAUUGGAGAAGCUGGCCUAUGGCUCCCCGGACGUCCUGGAUCUGAAUACACUGGCAGAGCACAGUCUCAAACACAAGAUGCGAGCACAAUCAAUGCCAGAAAACGAGGGUAGAGACGCGGCAGCGACGCCAAACCAAGUGACGUACGGUGAUGUACAGAAAAUGAUUGAUGACCUGCUGCCUCAGGCUAUCACAGCCGGGUCUGUACCGCCGCCAAAUCUACCCCAGGCCACCAUGAGCAGGCGACUGGAGAAGGAGCCUCUCGUCAUGCGACUUGGAAAGCACCCCCUGCCGCCGAUAAACGACGAGGAGCCACCUUCUGCUCGCGAGGAGAACCAAUGAAGCGAACAAGAAAUGUUCCACUCAGGCAUGCAACUUUCCUGCUGUUUUUAAUCGUGGUCUUUGGUGCCAAUCUUGAGGCAAACACGCCUGUAUUUUGACCUUGAUUGGGGAUCACACGAGCACACGAACUGGCAUAGUUGUGCUUUUUUUUAAAUGACACACAUUGAACUAAGUUACUUGAUUGAAGGUAACACAAUAGUUUCACAAAUAAUUGCAACAAAGCACAAUUACCGUUGCAAAACUUGGUUCCAAUCAAGAUGAGUCCAGGUCCGUGCAACAUUUCCAGCGGGCAUUUUCACAAAUCCAGUUUGUCAUAUUUUAUUUAUUCACAACCGGACAACUCAGUAUUUUAUACACUUGAAUUUUUGAGCAGCUUUCUAUUUCUACCCCCCGCCCCAAUAACAUUCACCGAAUAGUACAUUAUCUUGACUAAUAUUAUAAUUACUAGCUUGAUGGACAGCCAUUUUUCUUCUUCUACAGCACUGGCAGGUGUGCCGAAGAACGAGCAGGCUACCAGGUGCAUGAUACCCUUAUGUAAACAAUGGCUCAACUCUUAGA